UGAACAUCGACCGUGGAAGUUGACUGCAAGUACAACACGCUGCACUGAAGUGUUCAAAAUACAUGUGAGACUAGCAGCGCUAAGCAAAGGCCUCACUAGCCAAGCAGCACAACACACAUUCAGUCCCCUCACAUCAUUCACAUGAUUCGUCUGCCAGCAGCCCUGAGAGCCUGAGACCGUCUUGAGCCUUCCGCCCUCCAGCCGGAUCAGCGUAUCAACGUUUACGCUUCGUUUGACGUUGCUCCAAGCCCAACAGCUACUAGCAACAGCAACAACAUAAAACAACAGAAAACAGCCUUAACUACAACAAACAGUAAACAAUUUGGCUUUGCGGCUACGACAAACAUUGGCAACAUUGUCUAAAGAAAUAGAAAUAAACACAGUGCAGAAUGCCGCCAAAUGCAAUAUCGGAAACGGAGUCAGAGCCGGCGCCUGUGGCAGAUGCUGAGCCUGCAGCAGAAUUGGAGACGGCCAAUCAGAAGCUGGAAGAAACGACACAUCACUCCAAGUUUCGGGAAGUGGAUCAGCAGGAGCAACAGGCAGCCGAGAGUCAAAGAAUUGCACAAGUGGAAACAACAUUAGCACCAAAAACAACAACAGAGCCCGAGGAAGAAGCUACUACCACCUCUGUGCCGGUAAUCAAAAAGAUUGAGCAUGCCGGCGAAGUGGUCACCGAGGCAAUUGCUGAACGUACCGGCCUGCCCACAUGGGGCGUUGUGGCGAUUAUAAUACUCGUAUUCCUCGUCGUCUUUGGUAUCAUAUUUUUCUGUGUGCGCAGAUUCCUUAAGAAACGAAGAACCAAAGAUGGUAAGGGUAAGAAGGGUGUCGAUAUGAAAUCGGUACAGUUAUUGGGAUCGGCAUACAAAGAGAAAGUUCAGCCUGAUAUGGAGGAACUAACCGAAAAUGCCGAAGAGGGCGACGAAGAGGACAAACAGAGCGAACAAAAGCUGGGGCGACUCAACUUUAAGCUUGAAUACGAUUUCAAUUCGAAUAGUUUGGCCGUUACUGUAAUACAGGCCGAGGAAUUGCCCGCCUUGGACAUGGGCGGCACCUCAGAUCCCUACGUCAAAGUCUAUCUGUUGCCGGACAAGAAAAAGAAGUUCGAGACAAAGGUGCAUCGCAAAACGUUGAGUCCCGUCUUCAAUGAAACAUUCACUUUCAAGAGUUUACCCUAUGCUGAUGCCAUGAAUAAAACGCUCGUCUUUGCCAUAUUUGACUUUGAUCGAUUCUCGAAACAUGACCAAAUCGGCGAGGUGAAGGUGCCGCUCUGCACCAUUGACUUGGCGCAGACCAUUGAGGAAUGGCGUGAUCUAAUCAGCGUUGAGGGUGAAGGCGGACAGGAAAAGCUUGGUGACAUUUGCUUCUCGCUACGCUACGUGCCGACCGCCGGAAAACUAACGGUUGUCAUUCUCGAGGCCAAGAACUUGAAGAAGAUGGACGUGGGCGGAUUGUCUGAUCCAUAUGUGAAAAUUGCAAUCAUGCAAAAUGGCAAACGUUUGAAAAAGAAGAAGACAAGUAUCAAAAAAUGCACCCUCAACCCUUACUAUAAUGAGUCGUUCUCAUUUGAAGUACCAUUUGAACAAAUACAAAAAAUCUGUCUUGUUGUUACCGUUGUGGAUUACGAUCGUAUUGGCACCUCUGAGCCCAUUGGACGCUGUAUACUCGGCUGUAUGGGAACUGGCACUGAGCUGCGCCAUUGGUCCGAUAUGUUGGCCUCGCCACGUCGACCCAUAGCACAAUGGCAUACUCUGAAGGAUCCCGAGGAAACUGACGAAAUACUUAAGAAUAUGAAGUAAACGCUACAUGGAUGACAAAUGCAGAAUUAUAGCAAACCUUAGCGUAUAUAUGAAACAAGGAAACCAAAGAGAACUCAAGCGAACCGUCAACAUUCUAAUCGUAUGCAUCAUCAGCUAUUCUAUUGAUAUACAACAACCUCAACAGCCUACAACAACAAACAACAACAAUCAAAUCAAAUAUCGUAGUUUUUGCAAAUUGUUCAUUCCGUAAAGUUAAUCAACGACAAAAAGGGGAAGAACAUCUAAUGAGAAAAACCUUUCAAAUGAGAUCUAGAAAUUUAAGUUUUGUUCACAUUGGUUGAUCCAUCACACAAUUUAAUACUUAACAACUUUUCGGAUUAAUCAAAUUUGUUUCAAAUUAAUGCAGACUUAUAUUCGUUUUCAAGUCUAGGACUACAAAUAUUGUUGUCACCAAUUUAAAAAACGCGAAACUAAAGUUUAUUGAGCAUAAAUAAAAAUCUACGAGUAUGUUAAACAAUUUUAUUCAAAAAGUCUAUAUACUCAAUACAUAUAUGCAUACAUUUAUUUAACGGUAAAAAGGAAGGUAAAUCAUCACUUUAAAAACUUAAGUUAUAUUCAUUUGUAAUAAGUCGAGUAUAAAUAAAAAAAUAUAUAUUAACCGUUUUCAUUUUGAUUAAUAGACAAAAAAACUGUUGAAAGUUUAUUAUUAAAUCAAUAAAAAAUAUUAGAGAUAAUGAAAUCUAAUAACAACAAAGAUGAACAUAAACUGUUAUGAAAAUUAUUUAUUAUAUUUAAUUAUUGAGCAUUAUGUAUUACUGUAACUGUGUAAGUACAUAGACAUCAACAUACAUGAGAGUACAUAACAGACAUAUGAAAGGAAGAAACCAAAACCAAAACUAAUGAUGAAAAAACAAAAAAAAAACCAA